CAUGACCUAUUGUAUAUUCAAAUGGAGUAUAUCAAUUCUUAUUAAGUUUUCAUUCAUUUAUUAAAAAUUUGAUUGCAACUGUUUAUUUUUUAUUAUGAAGUUGGUUAUAUUUUCUUUUCUUUUUUUUUAUUAGAUUUAAAAUUAUUUUAAACUUGGUUCGGAUAUUAUAUAAUGCUGUAUAAUUGAUACGUUGGGUGUAUAAUUUGUAAUGGUGUCUCGAAUAACUUCUCGCCUCAGUGCUAGUUUUCGGCAGAAAUAUAUUUUAUCCAAAAGAUGGAUAACUGUAGGGAAAACAAAUUUAUUUGAAUAUAAAGUAGAAUUUUCAGAAAGGAACUCUUUAAAAAUUUCCGGGGGAAAGUAUGCACGCUUGUCUGAUGGUUGUGCAGUUGUGUCACUUGGUGAUACUUCUGUUAUGGCUACAAUUGUUAGUAAAUCACAGAAGCCAUCAUCUUCUAAUUUUCUCCCGCUAACUGUUGAUUAUCGACAAAAAGCAGCAGCAGCUGGACGUAUUCCAACAAACUACUUACGAAGAGAAUUAUCCAUAUCUGAACAUGAAGUACUUACUAGCAGACUUAUUGAUCGUUCAUUGAGACCACUAUUUCCUUCUUCUUACUAUUUUGAUACUCAAGUUAUUUGUAAUUUAUUAGCAGUUGAUGGAGUUAAUCAUCCUGAUAUCCUGGGUAUUAAUGCUGCAUCAGCUGCUUUAGCUCUUUCUGAUAUACCUUGGAAUGGUCCAGUGGGUGCAGUUAGAGUAGGACUCUGUGAUAAUAAUUUAAUAGUGAACCCUACACGAAGGGAGUUGUCUAGUAGUAUUUUAAAUUUAGUUGUUGUAGCUGCUGCACAUAAUUUAGUUAUUAUGUUAGAAGGAUCUGCAAAUAAUGCAUUACAGCAAGAUGUAUUAAAAGCAAUAAAAUUUGGUGUUAAAGAAUGUCAACAUGUAAUUAAUGGUAUAAAUACCUUGCAAAAAGAAUAUGGUAAAACUAAAAGAAAAUAUGAGCUAAAAAAUAUAGAUGAUACAAAUGGCAACUUGGAAGUAGCAAUUAAUAGUUUAUGUGAAACUAAAUUAAGAGAAAUAUUUACUAACUUCACACAUGAUAAAAUGUCAAGAGAUAAUGCCGUAAGAGAUGUCAAAACUGAAGUGAUUGAAAAACUUAAGUCCGAAUUUGAAAACUUAAACUUUGAACUUUGCUCAAUUAUUUUUGAUAAAAUUAUUAAAAAAAUAUUCCGAAGUCUUAUAUUUGAAAAUGAUGUUAGAUGUGAUGGACGUAAACUUGAUGAAUUAAGAAAUAUAUCUUGUGAAGUAGAUCUAUAUAAGCCUCUACAUGGUUCAGCUUUAUUUCAGAGAGGUCAAACACAAGUUUUUUGUACAGUUGCCUUAGACUCCCUUGAAUCAACUCUAAAGUUGGAUCCAAUGUCAAUUUUAACUAGUGGAAUAAAUGAAAAAAAUUUUUUCUUGCAUUAUGAGUUUCCUCCAUAUGCAACAAAUGAAAUUGGCCGUUCAAGUCCAUUUAUGCGAAGAGAGAUUGGUCAUGGAGCACUUGCUGAAAGAGGUUUAAGACCUAUAGUUCCUGAAAAUUUUUCUUUUACAAUUCGUUUGACAUCUGAAGUGUUAGAAUCAAAUGGUUCAUCUUCAAUGGCUUCAGUAUGUGGUGGAAGUUUAGCUUUAAUGGAUGCAGGUGUACCAAUAUCUGAACCUGCAGCUGGUGUAGCUAUAGGUUUGAUUGCUGAAUAUGACCAAGAAAAUAUUCAGAAUAUUAAAGACUACCGAAUUUUAACAGAUAUACUUGGCAUUGAAGAUUACUUGGGUGAUAUGGAUUUUAAAUUAGCUGGUACUAAAAAAGGAAUCACAGCAUUACAAGCAGAUAUCAAAAUACCUGGAUUGCCAUUAAAAAUUGUCAUGGAAGCUAUACAGGCAGCAACCGAUGCUAAAAAAGCUAUAAUUAAUAUAAUGAAUGAAACUUUACAAAGUUUUAGGAAAUCAGAAAAAGAUAAUUGGCCAGUAACUGAAAAAUUAAAUGUUCCUGUACAUAAAAGAGGAAAACUAAUGGGGCCAGGAGGAAUUAACUUGAAACGUAUUUUGUUAGAAACUGGUGCACAGAUAUCUUCUGAUAUGGAGUCAGGUGAUUUUACUAUAUUUGCACCUAAUCAAGAAGCAUUAAAUGAAGCAAAAGAAAUAAUAAAUAAAUUAAUGGAAGAACAAGCUGAGCCACAACUUGAAUUUGGAGCUAUUUAUAAAGCUAAAAUUGUUGAAAUUAGAGAAAUAGGAAUAAUGGUUACCUUGUAUUCUACUAUGCAACCAGCUUUGGUUCAUAACUCUCAACUAGAUCAAAGAAAAAUUAAACAUCCUAGUGCUUUAGGAAUGGAAGUUGGGCAAGAUAUUCAAGUUAAGUAUUUUGGUCGAGAUCCAGUAUCUGGUAAUAUGAGACUCUCUAGAAAGGUAUUACAAGGACCAACUUCUGGAGUUACAAGAAACAUUUUAUAGAUAAUCGUAUUACUGAAUAAAAAAAUGUUUAUAGAAAAUGUCUGUUACUAGUUAAAUAAUAUUGAUCAUUAGUUGCUAUUUAUUUUUAAACUCAAUCAAUUUUAUAAAUGUCUGUUGUUGACCUUUAUAUAAAUAUAUAUAAUGUAUAUAAUGAAAUUAUUAAUAAAAUCUGAUAAA